AUUUUGAAGACGACCACGGCGGUGAUGGAAUGUCCGCCGAUGAGGCGGGAGAAAGGGAUGACGCCGAGGUGUUUGUUGAAAAUAAUGAUGGUAAUGGUGGUGAUGAUCAGCCAUCUCGAAGACGUCGGUCCAUCACUAGCAGCAACACCCCAAACAGUGGCGUUAACCGUCACCGGCGUCAUCGAAGUGCCGCAAACGGCAGUAAUGCCAGUAGUUCUUCCGGCAACAGCAGUCCUUCCCGUGCCUCUCGUUCCUCACCGUCCUUGUCCUCAUCCUCCUCCUCAUCUUCAUCCUCAGCUUCUUCAACUAAAAGUAAAACAAAAACUUCAUCUUCCUUCUCCUCCUCCUCGAGCUUCAACAGUCGCCGAUCAGCGGCCUCUCUGCCGGUGAUAGUCCUGCUGGUGAGCGCCUCUCACGCCACCAACCUCGGCCCCCAACUGGACGGCUCACUGUUGGCCAGCUACGGGCAAGUGGUCGUCGUCACGCUCUCCUACCGCCUCGGAGCACUUGGUUUUUUACCGGCGCAUGUGGAUGGCAUUCUGCGUGGCAACUAUGGUCUACUUGAUAUUGUCGCCGGCUUGCACUGGCUGCAACAGAACAUUGCCGCAUUCGGCGGCCAACCGGCCAAUGUCACGCUAAUCGGACACGGACAUGGCGCCGCAUUGGCGCACAUUCUCGCCCUCUCGCCUAUGGCCAAAGGUCUAUUCAAUCGUGUGGUGCUAAUGUCAGGCUCGGCGCUGGCGCCCUGGGCCAUUGCCAGAGACUCGCCGACGUACGCUAAGCAGGUUGCCCGGCAGCUUAGCUGUCCUGUUGAGUCCUCCGCUUCAGUCGGCAGUUCUGGCUAUCAGCCCAACUCCUUCACCUCUACUUCAUCUACCUCAAAUUCUUCACCCUGGCCGGACUUUCUCAUUGGCCUGACCAGAGUUGAAUGUCCGGCCAUCUUUUCACCGUUGGAGGAGCGCACCGGCCUCAGCACCGCUCGACGGGACCGAAUCCUAAGGACGUUGGUGCGCAACUCAUUUGACUAUCACCAACAGGAAAGCGACUCAGUUGACGGCUACUCAACCGCCCUCAUGAUCACCAUUGUUGUCGGCUGUUCCCUGCUGGUGCUCAAUGUCAUCGUCUUUCUCGGUUUCUACUGUCAGGUGGAGGGUGGCAACAGCGGUAAAAGUGGUCAGAGAAGGCGGUCAAAGGCAACUGAAGAGGGUGACGAGCUGAGCCAGCUCAAUGCAACUGAUCAGUGCGAGGAAGGCGGUAAAACCGAUGACCCACUGCUGCUUCAGGAGAGCGUCAACCUGUCGUCUUUUGACAACUCACCCCAUCACCAUCAACAGCAGCAGCAACCCCAUCAUCAUCACCACUCUCACCCUCAUCACCCCCAUCAUCAAGUACAGCAUAAUCACCCGCGACAGCAUAAUAAUUUGUCCACUUCUCGGCGAGGAUCAACUGACACGACACUGCAAUCAUCCAACAAUCAAUCGCACUCUCACCUGCUAAUCACCAGCAGUUCACACAACAGCGCCAGUCUUUCCUAUGCAGUGGUCAGUGGAAAUGAAGGAAGUGGUAACAAUGACUACCGAAACGGAACUCAAACUCCUCGAGCUGAACAUCAUCACAAUCAUCCCCAACAACAGCAGCAACAACAACAUCAACAUCAACAUCGUUACUCAACCCUUCCUGGACGACGAGAUCGGACAAAGCAGUGCGGACAAACGGUGACAGUGGCAAACAUUGACACGCAUCAUCCAUCGAACAACAGCGGCAACAUCAACUACGUCAGCAGCUCCACACUUACGCGAAUUCGCCAAAACCCAACUGAACAGUGGAAUCGACAGCAACAACAACAACAGCAGUUUACUAUCAAUUCCAAUGCAGCAAGCUCUCAGAACAUUCCCUGCAGUGAAGGUGCAGCACUGUACUACGUCCACUAUCCACCGCCUCCUCCUCUUUCUCAACAACAACAACAACAACAUGCAGAAAUUGUGAACGCCGGUGAAUUCGAGGUAGCGGCCUUUUUGGACGGCAUGAACACUACAGCAGCAGCUCACUGCACUCCACUAAAGUCCAUUUUGAAGCACCAUCAGGUGCAAAACGGCAGUGGAGCUCAGGCACUGCUCGCCAGUCCUCUGUACAGCACUGCAGCUGGCAGUGAACUGGGCGGCACAACAACAGCCGAUCCCACCUCAUCUCUGGCCAUCUUUGAAGGCACCACUGUUCACUACAUUCCCGCGGGCAACAGUACCGUUUCUGUUGGUAAUGGCGCCAGCACCGGCGCCACCACUACCGCCACAAUCAACGGCACCGA